AUGGAAAAUGUCUGCUUGCUAGCUAUUCAUAGUGCUCGUGGGUUUAUUUGGAGUACUCUAAUUAUAUAUUUUAUACCAAUUAUUCUCAUCAAUAUUAUUUAUAUACAGCUGACGCGUUUUAUUCGUCGAUCAUCUAUGACUGUUUCAGCACGAGCUAAACGCGAUUUGAUUGUAGCACGUCGUAUUGUACUUGUUGUAUGCAUAUUAACACUGACGGGUGUUCCUUCUGUUGUGUUGAGACUAAUGUUACCUUUUACUGAUGUAGGAAAACCAUUGUUUUAUCGCAUUCAGAAUAUGGCUGUAGUCACUGGUUUCUUCGUUCUUAGUUUUAUGCUCGUCUAUGUCACUCCUCAAGUCAAAGAAAUAUUCAAACCAACACGAAAGACAAAUAUAGUAACACCUAUACAUAUACAACAAUAA